GGUCCAUAGAUGUCCGUCAGCUUCAGUAAAUCCACUGUCUUAACUUCCAUGGAGCUCGAAGCUCAGUUCGUCAUUUCCCCCGGUUCGUCCGCAGAAUGAAUUCGAUUUCGAGUUCUUUGGCUGUAACGGCGGCUCCCGGAGCUCGGCGCUUCACCGGUUCCUGUAACCACACAGACGAAUUUCUUGGGAAUACAUGCCGCACAAACUUGUCAUUCCAUUCGAAUCGUGCCAGGGACCUGCAGCUCAGCUCCUCCAGGCGACUCACCACCAUUCGUGCUGGGUACAGUGAUGAUGGAAAGCCAAGCAGUGCAAGCAUCUUUGUUGGAGGCUUUGUCCUUGGAGGAGUUAUAGUUGGCGCACUCGGUUGUAUAUUUGCACCCCAGGUUCCAAUCCUCCAUAUCAGCAAGGCACUAGCUGCGACUGACAGGAAGGAUUUGAUGAGGAAACUGCCCAAAUUCAUAUAUGAUGAAGAAAAGGCCUUGGAGUUGUUUUCUGUUUUGCAGAAAACAAGGAAAGUUCUGACUGAGAAGAUCGCCCAGCUGAAUUCUGCCAUAGACGAAGUGUCUGCUCAGCUACGGUCAGAAGAGUCACCGGAUGCCACUUCGGUGGACCCUGAUGAAGUAGAAGCUCCCGCAUGACCUAAUGCUCACAAAGUUACCUCACGUCAUAACCCUUGCAGAUCAUAGAGAAAUACUACAGUAUAUGAAGGAGUCGGUCUACUCGUGUUUCUUCGAAAGGCUUAACAUUGUUCAGUCAUAAAUCGUUAAGAAUCUAUUCCUUACCCACCAUUCUCGGAAGUUGCAGAAAGAAGCAAAAUCCAGAUUCUCUUGUUAAUGCAUGCUUUAUUCCCGGUUUCAUGGAAGAAAUUUGGACAAUUUGACCGCCUGAGAGUUGUGUUUUCUAGUCAUGUAACUCGUCGCCAGAUUGAGAUUAGAUCGUUAAUAAUGCUAGUAGUUGAUAUGUGACAUA